AUGAAUAUCUUGCCCAAGAAGAGCUGGCAUGGCCAAAACAAGAACAAUGUUGCCCAUGUGCAGUGCGAUGGCCAGGCCUGGGAGGAGGAGAAGGAGUGUGAGCUGAGGGUGCUGCUCACUCAGCAAGAGGCCCGAACAGAAUUCAGGAGCCAGAACUCACUGCUUAAGCUGGAAGCAGCAGAUGCAGGAGCUCCAAGUUCUGGCCCUGUGGACCAUUUUAGGGAGCUGCUGAAAGAAGGGAAAGGAGUGCCUAGAGGCAAUAAAGAACAUGAAGAAGAGAAGCUACAGGAGAAGGAGAGGCAAGAGAAAGCACUAGGCAUACUGACAUACUUGGUCCAGAGUGCAGCAGAGGCCCAAACUCAACCUCCUUGGUACCAGCUCUCCCCAGGGCAAGGCGACUGCCCUCCAGGCCCAAGCUCCUAUGAGACGAUCAAGAGCCGGUUGGACCCCUUGACGGAGAUGCAGAAGCACCUGGGAAAGAAAAGGCACAGCAGUGAAAGCUGUCCUUCUACAGAGGAGCAGCAUCAGAAAUAAAGGCGUGAAGAACCACCUUCUCUAGUACAGCACCUGGGUGGAUGUCAGCGGGAAGCAGCUGACAGGGUUCCAGCAGAGGCCCUGCUUGUGGUACAAGGCUGAGCAUCCCAGCAAGGUCAGGCAGAAGUGGAAGAGACAGAUGAAGGUAGGCUGCGGUGCAAUUCCCAGUUCUGCCCCCGCCAGCAGAACCCCACUCCUGCCCACUGA